AUGUCGACCUCGCCCGAAUCUCAAUCCCUCUCCGACUCCCACUCCGACUCCCACUCCGACUCCCACUCCGAAUCCCCCGACCCCCAAACACCAGCAGCCCCAGCAGCAGCCCCAGCAUCAGCACCGGCACCAGAGCCAGCACAGGCACAGGCACAGGCACAGGCACAGGCACAGGCACAGGCACAGGCACAGGCACCAGUGCCAGAACAAGCACCAGCACCAGUACCGGUGCCAGUGCCAGUACCAGUACCCUCACAGGCACCCUUCCACCCACACCCCACCUACCACCGCCCAAUCCACCCCGCCCCCGCCCCCGCCCCCCUCCCCAAGCUCCUCCCCGCGCCCCUCCCCCACCAAACCCACCCACCGCACCACACCGCACCACCCCACCCCGCCAAGCCCGCCACUAAGCCCGUCGCCAUCGCCGCCAACACCGCAACAAUCACCAUCCCCACCGAGACCAACCCCGCCAACAUCCCGCGGCGCGGCGCCGAGGUCGGCAUCGGCCGCCGUGGCGCCGCCGUAGCCCUCGGACAAACGGGGCUCCCGCUCCGAAACAUCUCCGCAAUCCUGCACCUGCCGCUGUCGACCGUGUCGGGCAUCAUCUCGCACGCAAAGGAGAUGGCAGAGGUCAAUGGCGGGUCGCCACUCGACGAUAUAAACCUCCGGUCGAAGCGUCGCAUGGGCAGGCCGAAGAAGUGGACCGUGGAGGAGAAGAGGGUGGUCAUACAGGUGUGUACGCGCGAUGCGAAGCAGCGGGCAAAGUCAUAUGUCAUGCUGGCGAAGGAGUGUCCGUUCAAGAUUGACGAGCGCACGGUGAGGCGGAUUAUGACGGAGGCUGGGUAUGACCGCAGGAGGAGCCAUGUGCCCGAUGCGGCGGAGAGGGUCUCGGAUGAUGUGGAUGAGUAG